GUCUACCAGACCAGUGUGGCUGCGGCCGUCGUAUAGGGAGGGUGGAGGUAUCGUUCUCGCGUUCCCCGAGCUUGGUGACUGAGGCCGCUGACAUGAGGUGUUAUUUUAGUGAUCUUUGAUGAAUGCAGAUCUAAUCCAAGAUAUUAUAUGAGUGAUCUCUGGUAACUUAAGACCGCAAAUCAAGUUGUUAUCCUGGUGAUCGAAACCAAGACUUGUGUUAUGGUAGUGGUGAGCCCUGGUGCUUUGAAGAGCUCACGAGGUGUUUUGCUGGUGAUCUGAAGCUUCAGUUCUUGGUGAUCCUUGGUAACUGAAGCCUUUAUAACUCUUGAGAUGUCCUGCUGGUGACUGCUGCAGAUCCUAAACUAGUAGUGUUGUCCUGCUGGUGAUUACGCUUGCCUGUACCUGGUGACCGAGCAGGACGGUGAUUAACGUGUGUUUAAAUGCUGCCGCCAUCUUGGACUAUCAGCUGCGUGGGUGACGUCAUCGGCUGUUCCACUCCAAACACGCUUCCUGUCCUUCUUGUGACGUUACCAAACACGCCAACGGCCACUAUCUCAAGAAACACCAGAUCAGCGCCAAACACCCUAACUUAUCUUCAAGAAACCACCAAACCAGUCAACUUACCUCUAGAUCAUCGCCAAACACGCCAAUCCACCUCCCUACAAAAACCCGCCCUAAACCACGCCAAACUCGCCAGGGCAGAAUGCUUCAACACCCGUCAUGGCGGCCUACAGUGACUUACCAUAUAAAAGUGACGAUAAUACAGUGAGUGUGUGAUGUAGCGAGGCUUCGGGACGGUGCAGGUGAUACGUGUUAUUCACUUUAUAUGAAGACGUAUCGAAGACUCAAAUCAUAACGUUCUGUCAGUGAAGGGAAAAAUCUUUGACAUUGUAUCGGUUAGUCGGUCAGGGUGGUGGUGGUGGGGGGGGUGUAUAUAUGUGCGUGCGUGUGUGUGUAUUGUCUGUAUGUGUAAAGAGGUCAGUGACGCUUGUAAAACUGUAUUGAAUGUAUGCAGAGCGACGCCGGCACAUGUUCAGAUUAUCAAGAGGGUAAUAUACAGGGGUUGUCUAUACUCCUGUAAACUGUCGUGUGGGCUAGACCAACAGGCCCAGGUAUACAGUUCACAGCCUGUAUGGUUGUCUGAAAAUACUCUCUGUUAAAUCGCCCGUCAGACCAACCAGAGAAAAUGAAGACAAUAACGAACUGACGAAAUGAUUAAGAGGAAAAUGAUGAUGGGAGUAGUGUUGUUGGUGGCGAGUUUGACUGGUAGCUGGAGUGUCGCCUCGCCUUCUCUCCCUCAAGUUGACCUCUCUGCUUCCUCCUCUCCCCGUCCUCUCACUUAUCACCCUCACCCUCACCCCCAUCAGGAAGGUCAUCAUCAGCUAAGAACAGACCUCACAAGUGAUGCAGAUAAUGAGAGGAACAAGAGUGUAUUGAGUAUCGGUAGUGAUUCCAGUAAGAGUUUGGUUCAUCUCGGUGUGUGGAAUGUUGUCGGGGAACAGUAUAGAUCGAGGGUGAUAGUGGAGGGUGGAGGGCCAGGAACUACAGUGGAGUAUAGUGGAGGGCCAGGAACUACAGUGGAGUAUAGUGGAGGGCCAGGAACUACAGUGGAGUAUAGUGGAGGGCCAGGAACUACAGUGGAGUAUAGUGGAGGGCCAGGAACUACAGUGGAGUAUAGUGGAGGGCCAGGAACUACAGUGGAGUAUAGUGGAGGGCCAGGAACUACAGUGGAGUAUAGUGGAAGGCCAGGAACUACAGUGGAGUAUAGUGGAGGGCCAGGAACUACAGUGGAGUAUAGUGGAGGGCUGGAAGAAACUAGAGAGGAGGGAAAUAGUGGAGUAAACAGUAGAGGAGGGAGGGAGCGUCGUGGUGAGGGCCGUCAUCGCUCCAGACAUCACCACAAUCAAACAAACACGCGCAGAACACGAGACAGACGCCGCCAAGGUAACCAAAGGAAAACAAGAAGAAAUGAAGAUAACAACACAAGAGGGCAGUCCCCAGGUGACAGUAGCAGCAGCAGCAACAAGAGACGAAGGAAUAAGAUACCCAACAACAGAUUCAGCCGAGAUAACAGGACCUUCGACAGACCCCCCAAGAAGACCCUCAAGACUGGAAAUCGUCGACGUAAGAGACCCAACAAAUGGAACACUCCUAAUAAACGAGGUGGAUGGCCAGCAGGUCAGGAGUACAGGACAGUUGACCCAAGGAGAGCCAAGGUCAGGCGACACUUAUUGAUGCAACAUAACCUCCUCCGUUCCAAGGUGCUCCCUCCUGCCGCUGACAUGCUCGCUAUGAGAUGGUAUGACACAGCGGCGGAACAAGCACAGGCGUGGGCGGAGCAGUGUGAUCACCGGCCACACCAAGACCACCCUAGUGUUCGGUGGACCUUACGCUACGGGGCUUGUGGUCAGAACGUCCUAGUGUCCGGUACCAAGAAGAGGUGGAGUCAAGUGCUAGCCCGUUGGUGGAGUGGACGGCGUCACUGGCGCUAUGGCCGCGACAUAAACAACGCGACCUUAGUGGUGGCUUACACACAGAUGGCUUGGUACAACUCUCAUCAGCUUGGUUGUGGGUUUGCUCAGUGCUCGACCACCGGCGGGGAGACCUUCUUCAGAUAUGUUUGUAACUACUGCCCUGCAGGUAAUGAUCCAGGGAGGCUGAGUCGACCAUACACGGAAGGUCAGACUUGUAGUAUGUGCCCUGGGUCUUGUAGAUCAGUCUGCCAUAGGAGGCGCUGUAACUUGUGUACCAACGCGUGUGGCUACUCUGACCUGUGGAUCAACUGCGCUACACUAGACCAGGAGUGGCAUGAGUGGCUCUGUAACACCAAGACCAAACAGGGAGUUGAGCGCUUCAAGAACUGCAGAGCCACUUGUCAAUGUGUCAAACAGAUAACGUAAAAAUAUUAAUGGAAACAAAAACCUGAAUUUUACUUCCACGCGUUAAAAAAAAAAAGAUAUAAUUAUUAUUUAAUACCGAAUUAAUUAAAGAUAAAGUGUUCAAAAAUGUUGAUUACAAAUACUAUUCUUUUUGUUAACUACAUAAACUUUAUAAGAGACGUCAAGGUGUUAGAUAGAUCCCUAGUGAUAUAUUUACCAUUCACUGUUUUUAGUCUCAAAAAAUAUGUACAAACGAACUUACUGUUGCUGUUUUAAUACAAGCAAGUCACACGGUCGCCACGAAAAUCUGUUAAGUACUGCUUACAUAUUUUGAGACAGUUUCUAUAACCGUGGUGACGCAUCAACAAUAUUCGGUGUUAGCUUAGUCAUAUUUACCACAUAAUUUGACAUUUAAGAUAAUAUAAAACAUGUGGUACAGUAUUGAGUGGUUAAAAACUAAUAUUAUUACCCUGUGUUAAGUGGUGCUGUGGAGGGUGUGUUAAAUGGUGGUAUGUACAGUUAAGUGGAGGUGUACAGGUGUUUGUUAAGUGGUGUGGAGAGAGUGUGUUAAGUGGUGCUGUGUACAGUUUAAAUGGUACUGUGAGGAGAGUGUACUAAAUGGUGGUGUGUACAGGUGUUAAGUGGUGGUGUGUACAGUUAAGUGGGUGGUGUUGUGGAGAGUGUGUGCUGUAGAGUGUAUUCAGUGUUGCUGUGUACAGUUAAGUUUUACUGUGGGGAGUGUGGUAAGUGGUGUUUUUACAAUUAAGUGGCGAUUUGUACAGAUGUUAAGUGGUACUAUGAACAGGUGUUAAGUGAUGCUGUGACCUGAAGUAACUACAACAGAGCCAUAAGUGUGAUUCACCAUAAGUAAAUACAUCCUUUUUUUAUAUAUUU